AUGGGCAGCAUCUCAAAUGGCCACAACAUUCCCCGGAUCUACGAGGGCAAACUCGCUCUUGUCACUGGCUCGGCACGAAGCAUCGGCGCCGCCAUCGCCCGCAACCUCGCCAGCAAAGGCUGCAACGUGAUAAUCAACUACGCAACAACGUCGUCCGACAAAUCCGCCUCCUCGCUCGCGCAAGAACUCACCGAAACGCACAAAAUCGCCGCCCUCCCCCUCCGCGCAGACAUCUCCAACAAAGCCGAAUGCGAGCGCCUGGUCUCCACCGCAAAAGAAUUCUUCGCGUCCAACACUCCCGGUGCCGCUUCAUCACCCUUCCAAAUCGACAUCGUCGUCCACAACGCCGCGAUCCUCUCCCUCGGCCCCCUCGAAUCCGUCGUGCCAGACGACUUCCACCGCAUCUACGAGGUCAACGUCCUGGGCCCUAUCCUCCUCACCGCCGCCUGCAAGCCGUACCUCCCCACCGACCGCUCCGGCCGCAUCGUCAUGCUCUCCAGCAUAAACUCCAAGGUUGGGACGGAGAGCACCACGCUUUACGCCGGGACAAAGGGGGCCAUUGAAGCCAUGACGCGCGUGUGGGCUCGUGAGCUGGCUGAGCGUGCGACCGUCAAUGCUAUUAACCCCGGUCCGGUCAUGACGGAUAUGUAUCUCUCUGCGCCGGAUGAGGUUAAGGAGGGGUUGGCGAAGUGGAACCCGUUGACGCCGCUUGUGGCCGUUAGGGAGAAUGAUAGUGCAGAGGUCAAGAAGUUGGGGGAGAAGUUUGGGGGGCGCGCGGCGUACGCGGAGGAGAUUGCGGGACUUGUUGCGACGAUCUGUAAUCCCGAGUUUGGGUGGUGUACUGGCAGUAUUAUUUCGGCGAAUGGGGGGUUGGCGUUUAGUAUCUAG